GCCCCCCUGUGGAUUCUCCUUCUCCUCCUUCACAAGCUAAACCUCAAACAUCGCCAGCCGUUGCACUCUCAACAAUAGCCUCAAUAGUGCCAUUGCCAUUGGCAUUCACACCACCAGCACAAUGGCGUCUCUCGGCAUUGCGCCCUGCCAGCUGACAAAGGGCCAUGCCAUCACCACCAUCCGCAGACGCCUCUCCAAUAGCGCGCUGCGUCCACCAUCCUCGUCCUCCAACAGACCGGCCCAGCGCUCCUUCAGCUCCCAACGCCGCUACUCGACAGGCUCGGGCCAAAGACCAAAGUUCACACACAGACUGCGUGAAGCUCUUCGCAAAACCAAGAUCCAAUGGUACCAGAUCCCCGUUGGUCUCGGCAUCGGCUUCCUCGGCCUGGUGCAAUUCUACAAAGUCUCGGCGCGCGAGCGUGAGAAGCAAGAAGGCAUAGAAAAGCCUAAGCCGCGCCCCAGAGUCACACCUGAGGGUCCAUGGCAGAUCCAAGUCAUGUCCACACUGCCACUCAAGGCCAUCUCGCGUCUUUGGGGCCGAUUUAACGAAUUGACGAUCCCUUACUACCUCCGCGUACCAGGCUUUAAGCUUUACUCAUUCGUCUUUGGUGUCAACCUUGACGAAGUCUCAGAGCCCGACCUCCACAUCUAUCCCAACCUUGCGGCCUUCUUCUAUCGAACGCUCAAGCCCGGCGCACGACCUCUCGAUGCCGACGCCAACGCCCUUCUCUGCCCGUCAGAUGGCAAGGUCCUACAGUAUGGCCGUAUCGAAGGUGGCAACAUUGAACAGGUCAAGGGCAUGACCUACACAAUCGACGCCCUGCUUGGCAAGAACACUCCUGCACCAAGCAUUGCUUCGUCUUCGCUGUCUUCUUCAGACGAAAUCAAGCAGCAUGAAGAAUUCGCCAAGAUGAAUGGCAUCUCAUACACACUGCCUGAUCUGCUUGCUGGCCAGAAGGACCCCCACGGCCACCCUCACCAAAUAACGGACCAGUCGACCAGUGCCUCGCAGAGCGCCGUAUCCCAAGUCCGCGCCGACCUAGCUCUUGGCGAGAAGCCCUGGUACGACAUCCUCUCUCCCGAAAAGACCACCUCUCUCUACUACGCCGUCAUCUACUUGGCGCCUGGUGACUACCACCGCUUCCACUCGCCCACCAACUGGGUCGUCGAGCGCCGCCGCCACUUUGCUGGCGAGCUGUACAGUGUGUCGCCGUACCUGCAGCGCACGCUUCCCGGUCUUUUCACGCUCAAUGAGCGCGUGGUUCUUCUAGGCCGCUGGCGCUACGGCUUCUUUAGUUACGUCCCCGUCGGCGCCACCAAUGUCGGCUCCAUCAUUGUCAACUUUGACAAAGAGCUCCGCACAAACAGCCUACUGACCGACACGGCUGCUGACCUUGCUGCUGAGGAGGCCGCCAAGCGUGGUGAGCCGUACCUGGGCUUUGCGGAGGCAACGUAUGAGGGUGCUAGCUCUGUUCUGCACGGCCACGCCCUCAAGCGUGGUGAUGAGAUGGGCGGGUUCCAACUCGGCAGCACCGUCGUGCUCGUCUUUGAAGCACCCAGCGAUAAGCCCGCUACAACUGAGGGUCAGAAACCUACGGGUUGGACGUGGGCGGUAGAAAAGGGCCAAACUGUCAAGAUGGGACAAGCCCUUGGCCGCAUUGUAGAAGAGUAAAGAAAAUCCGACCAAAAAAAAGCUCCCGGUUAUCACUGUAUUAUUUUUCACCGUCACAAGGGACGAUUGUCGAGAGUACCUGGUUAUAAUGGAAUGAUAUGUAUUGAAGCAGAGAAAAUAAUGCAAACACUUAUAUACCUAACUAUGCCCCAUCUGAUGUGCUAUGAAUUUGGGCUUAAUCUUAGAUGCCAAACAUGUUCUUGAACGUACGUCUUUGCAGCAUACGGUCCAAAUGCGCCGCCUCCUCUGCACUCAAAGCAGUGAUCUGGUCCCACGGAUCACGCACACCCUCGCAUUCAAUCUCGCCCUUUGGUACGAUACCCUUGUCAAAAUACUGCUGCAGAGCAGUCUGCGUGCACUUGCUAACGAUGCCAGAGCCAGCGGCACAGUGGCCCAUGCCGUUGGCAACAACCAGGCCAGCCCCAGGAUGCUGCCUGUACAUGUUGCGUGCGGAGGUGACCGGCGUGACGGGAUCCCAGCGAUUAGAGAGGAAAAGAAGCGGCGCUGCAGGACGACCCUUCUCUGGCGCAGACGAGUCCUUGGAUGCCUUGGGGGUUGUGAAUGGGCCCUUGUACUCCCAGUUUGGUCGAGCGAAUACGCCGGCGCAGGUAAUGCGGCCUUGGGCCACGCUGCCGCCAGCCACCGACGACCGUUCAGCUUGGUCUUUGAUAUACUUGCGCCAGUAGCCCACCUUUUGGCCUGAAGAUGCGUCGCCGUCGGUGCAGGAGAUGGCGCUGUAGGCGUCCUCGUUGAUACCAGCCGUCGGGAAGGUCUGGUUGGCGGCGGGGCAGUAGUCAACAAUUGGUUUAAUGUUGGACAUGAACGCCAAGGUGUUUGUAAGGACGGUUACAUUGCCGGAAAUACCUUCAUCGAGAAUCUCGGACAUUCCCUGGAAGGUCUGGUCGGCGGCGUAGAGCAGGCUGAAGAUCAUGUUGCGGAUGUCGGCAGAUCUCCAAACAAGCGGGUUGCCAUCGGGAGUUACGCUGGUGAUGGGCUCUUUGUCAAGAUGUUCAAUCCAUGAAAAGACGCGCUUCUUGAUGUCGGAUGGCUUCUUGUCGCCGGGGCGGUAGAGCUUGCACGCGGGGUUUCCGGCCUUGAAGCAGCCCUUGAAGAAGAGUUCAACCAUCUCGUCAGAGUCGUGUGUGGCAGUAAGCCAUCCCUAAGAAACAAGUCAGUACAUGAUGUUGCUUUGAAGAAACUGUUGCAGAGAUUAUCCUACACGGCCGGUGGCAUAGUCAUCGGUGUCAACAACACCGUCCAGGACAACACGGCCAACACGCUCCGGGAACAGAGCGGAAAAGUAGUUGCCCAGGACGGUGCCAUACGAGAAUCCAAUAUACUGCAGACGGGGAGUAGUAUCCUUGACACUCCUGAGCUCAAGCAUCUCAUCCUCGCCGUCGCCCUUGCGGCUCUCCUUCUUGCGCAGCUCGUCAAUCUUGUCGACUAUGGCGACCAUGUCUCGAGCCACGCUAGGCGUGUUGACGUACGGGAUCACAUCAGCCAUGACCUUGGCGCAGUGCUUGCCAGCCUGUUGGAUUGCAUUGAAGGUGUAGAUGAGAGCAUUAUCGCUAGCAUCGACGGCCCCGACAGCCAUAGCGCUUAGGGUGGCAGCAUCGCGGGCCAGCACAUUUCCUUCAAAGCAGUCGACAGUGGGUAGGGUGUGUCCAAUGCCGCGAGGGUCAAAGGAUAAGAUCUCAUAGUGCUUCUUGCCGGGAAUAUCAAUGGUUUUCUGCAGCUGGCUAGCUGCGUUAAGAAGAUAUCCCACACCAGAGCCGCCGGGGCCACCUGGGUUUGUAAGGAUGGUUCCUGCAAACGCAGGAUCGUCAUCAGGCACUACGGCGGGCAACUUGGCAAUGGCAAUGGUGACGGUGUGUCCAUCCGUCUCAUUGUGCCAGUCUCGGGGAACUAUCAGACGGGCACACUUGUAAUCAUUAAAACAGGCAUGGUAUUCGAGAUCCUUGGAGGGCGUGACAGAAGCCCAGUCAAAGUCGUCUGGAGUAGGCAGCAGUGACGCGGCAGAUGCGCCCGUGGCGAGACUAACCCAAAGGCUGGCGGAAUAUUUCAUCUUUCCAGAAGAUUUUGAAAUUCAAUAAAUAGGAAUUGAUGAUGCAGUUGGCAAAUUCGUGCCGAUGCUACUCUUCAAAUGAGGGGAAGUCAAAAGGGUUGCGUAAUGGUGG